UGACAGUUCCAGCUCCUGACGCCACAGCGUUGUGUUGCUGCGCUUAUGCGUUGCCGGCUCUGCAGCAGAGAGAGAGAGAGAGUGAGCGAGAGAGGGAGAGAGAGAGAGAGCGAUCUGUGACCACGGAGUCUAGAUCCAAGGGGACAGAAAAAGCCCGCUCGGAAAGGGUGCCUCCCCCACCACCCCCGGCCGCUCACAAAAAAAAGAGUAGCAGAAGAAAAGCCGAAGCUCCCCACAGGAGGAGUGCUCCCGGGCGAAGCGAUCUGCAGUUAGCAGAAGGUCAAGCGGCGUCCGUCCAGCUCCUCGCAUCGUUAUGGAGUUGCCAGCAGCAGGGGAGCACGUCUUUGCCGUGGAGAGCAUCGAGAAAAAACGGUUCAGGAAGGGGAGAGUGGAAUACCUGGUGAAAUGGAGGGGAUGGUCUCCCAAAUACAACACGUGGGAGCCAGAGGAGAACAUCCUGGACCCUCGGCUGCUCCUGGCUUUCCAGCACAGGGAAAGACAAGAGCAGUCAAUGGGCUAUCGUAAGCGAGGACCCAAGCCCAAACACCUACUGGUUCAGCUACCAGCUUUUGCUCGACGCUCAAAUGUUCCUACGGAGCUGCAGGAUACUUAUGUGGAAGAAGAACGGUCCAAGAAUGAUAUUCAGCAGCAGCCCAUCAAACGCCAAUAUCAACUGAACAGUAAAAAGCUUCAUCAGUACAAACCCUGUAACACCGAGGAGCAACGCCAGCAUCAAGCUACUAAACAUUACUACCAACUUAACAGCAAAAAGCACCACCAUUAUCAACCGGACAUCAUGUACCCGAAUCAACAGGCCGACUCCCACGGGAGCGAAACUGAAGCAAGCCAUGAGCAACAUCAAACCAUUCAGGAACACGAAACGCUGCACAGUUUUAUGAAGAAUGGAAGUCAUGCCCACGCUAUAGGCACGGAGAAGCCUGAAGUCAGGGACAUGGAUUCGAGAUCCGGGAGCGGGCCAGAACUAGCCAAGGAAAGUGUGAAAAACGAUGGCAUGAAUGGCAGAAUGAAAAUAGUAAAAAAUAAAAACAAGAAUGGCAGGAUUGUAAUCGUCAUGAGCAAAUACAUGGAUAAUGGGAUACAGUCGGCGAAGGAUAAACACAGUAAGAACGGGGAUGGAGGGAAUGAGUCAGUGGUAAGCAAGGCUGGAGAUCGUGAGCUAUGGAUAGUUAAAAAUGGGCACGGCAAAACGGAGGAAAGGGUAGGAAAGGUGGAGGAUAACAAUAUUGCUAAUGGAUGGCAAGAGACUGCCAAGACUCGUAACGUAAACAAAGAGGCAGAGGCCGAGAAGAAUGGCUAUCUUAGGACUUUGGUGGUUAAAGAGGCGGUAGCUGCAGCGCAAAAUGAAAACAUGAACGGGGAGGGAGCCGGCAAGGAAAGUGACGGGACAGCAAGUGGGAGAGAGAUGAGGACUCAGAAGGAGCAGCGUCCCUGGGUGAGGGAGCAGUGUGAACAGUCAGCUCCAAUGCGAUGGGCUUGUGAUUCGGAGGUCUCCAGAAGGGAUGGGUUAUACUCCAAACUCCCCAAGUCCAGGAAACGCUAUCUAUCAGAACCCAUCGUGGAGAAAGAGGCCAAAAAGCCGACGACGUGCAGGAGCAUCAGUGUCCCGGGAAGCGCGGUCCAGCUGGAGCAGGGUGACUUAAUUGAGCUGCAGGCGAUCGAUAGUUAUCGGAAUGAGGGAAUUGAUGGUACUUUGGACUCAAAUCCCGAGCAGCCAAUCGAUCUGAGCUGUGUAAAGUCCAGGUCAGAGCCUCAGAAGGCGACGGCACAGCAGACGGAGAUGGAGGAGAAAGACGGACGGGCGAGGGGAGAGCAGCAAUAUCCAUGGACUGGUCUCAAACCUUACCUCGGAAAUCUGAUAAUCACAGAUGUCACAGCGAACUGCCUCACGGUUACAUUUAAGGAAUAUGUGACGGUGUGAAGGAAACUUCGGUCGGAUUUAGAAACCGUGCAGAAAUGCUUAGAGUGAAUACACUCUUUAACCCAAAUCUCCAUUCUUUACAUUGAACAGUUCAGAUGUAUGCAAUUUUAUUUAUACACGGACACAUUAUGUAGAAGUGAAUAUGUGUCUGGAGUUAAACUGGACAGACCAGCAGUAAAGGGCACCGAAGAAACUGCUUCCUUAAAUCUGGAUUUUUAAUUUUUUAAAAGCAAAAUCUUAAAUAAUAAAACCACAUUAUUGGAUGUUUGAUACAUUGUUUCAAUUUUUAAUCCAAUAUCAGAUAUCAUGAAUAUUUGUGAUAUGUGUGCUAUUUAAAUGUGCAGAUUCUUUGUAUUUCCUGUCUGUUUGAUAUUUCCGAAGCUGGCGAGCUUGUGCUGCUAUGAUAGAAAUGUAUUUUUUUUGUGCUUGAAUGUAAAUAUGUGAAAACGCCUUUAAAACACCAGAUCCGCUGUUGCAGUAGGGCGACAGUCAAUAAGAUAAUGGAAGAAUGUUGAUAUUCUGUUUUGUAUCUCCGGGACGCCAUUUUUGAUCUGGCGUUUCUUAUUACCAGCUGAACAGUGAAUAGAAAUUCUAUGAAACGAGACUGAGUCAUAUUAUUAAUUUGUGCCGCGCAAUGUAAAAGUCUUUGUAGUGUCAUCGUGAAGCUACUCUCUCGAAGGACUCUGGUACUAUUUCUGAGUGAAUGAAAUGAUGAAACUCUAGAGCUUCCUUUGAAAUCUUGCUGCAGAUAUUUUAAAGUAACAUUUUUAUUAAAGUAAGUCAUACUGCGUGUA